CAGGCAUUUUGCAGACCCUGCAUCACUGAAGCUCUGGCUGUUUUUAAACCCCGGGGCCACUCUCCAGCCAUCCUUCGGCGAGGAACUCUCGGCCCCACUGCUGGCUCGCCCAUGCCUCUAGGAGUCAUACAGUAACUGGAAGCUAUGUGGUCCCAAGGCGCUUCGGGGAGUGGGAGCCUCGUGCUGGUCGCUGCCCUGUUCUCUGCACUGGUGCUGGCUCCGACCCUGGCCAUCCACGUUUACACACACCGGGAGGUCCAUGGCACGGUGGGAUCACAGGUCACCCUUGCCUGCAGCUUCUGGUCCAGCGAGUGGAUCUCUGAAGAUGUCUCCAUCACCUGGCUGUUCCAGCCAGAGAGUGGCAAGGACACCAUCUCAAUAUUCCACUUCGUGAAGGGGCAGCCCUACGUCGAUGAAGUGGGCGCCUUCAAGAAUCGCAUGGAGUGGGUGGGGGACCCACACCGCAAGGACGGCUCCAUCAUCAUCCGCAACCUGGACUACACCGACAACGGCACCUUCACCUGCGACGUCAAGAACCCACCCGACAUUGGUGGCAAGUCGUCUCAGGUCACCCUCUAUGUCCUCGAGAAAGUACCCACCAGGUACGGUGUGGUCUUGGGGGCCGUCAUCGGAGGAGUGCUGGGGUUGGUCAUCCUUGUGGUGGUGAUAGGCUAUCUCAUCAGGUAUUGCUGGCUAAGGAGGCAGGCAACGCUGCAGAGGCAACUCAGUGCUAUGGAGAAAGGCAAACUGCAGCGGUCAGCCAAGGAUUCAUCAAAACGAGGCCGCCAGCCCCCUGUCCUGUACGCCAUGCUGGACCAUAGCCGGAGCACCAAGUCAGCCAGCGAGAAGAAAUCCAAGGGCGGCCUGGGCGAGUCCCGCAAGGACAAGAAAUAGCGGUUAGCAGGCAGGGAAGGUACCCCCAAGGCAGGCGCCGAGCCCCCCCGCAGUUCAAAGGUCGUCAUGACCAUCGAGAUGGAAUUGAGGGGGGAUGAGGCUGAGGCCACUGGCCUCAAACCCGCCGUCAAGUCCCCGAGCAAGAACAGCCUCAAAAAUGCCCUGAUGAACAUCAUCAAGAUGGACUCAGAAAAAUGAUGAACACCCCCAAACUGAGGAAGAGGGUGUCCUGCCUCUCCCCCUCGGCUUCCUGAGGGAGGGGGCCAGGAAGCCUGCCCCACCAUCCCCUCCUCCUGGCUUCACCUCUCAGCACUACUCUGCGGAGAGCCUGCUCUCUGGUCCAUCGGGCUGAGGGGCAGGGCUAGGCCAUGGCACAUCAGCACGGGCUCCCUCUCUCUAGG